AUGUCACUUUUCCAAACCAUUGAGACCCCUGUGCUCUCAUAUGAGCAGCCUUUGGGACUAUUCAUCAACAAUGAAUUCGUCAAAGGUGUAGAAGGCAAAACCUUCGAGACAAUCAACCCUCACGACGAGAAGCCAAUUGUGGCCGUACACGAAGGCACAGCAGACGAUGUCGACAUUGCUGUGAAGGCUGCUCGCACUGCACUGAACGGAGAAUGGAAAAAGGUCACUCCGUCUGAACGUGGUCGUCUCCUUACUCGUCUAGCAGACUUCCUCGAACGUGAUAUCGACACACUGGCCGCUAUUGAAGCUCUUGAUAAUGGUAAAGGAGUGACAAUGGCCAGAGGCGACGUUACUGCCUCUGCGGGGUGCCUACGCUACUAUGGUGGCUGGGCCGACAAGAUCUACGGUCAAACAAUCGACACUGAUCCUAAUAGCUUGACAUAUACCCGCCACGAGCCUGUGGGCGUCUGCGGCCAAAUCAUCCCGUGGAAUUUCCCGCUUAUGAUGUUUGCUUGGAAGAUUGGCCCUGCUCUGGCUACUGGAAAUACAGUUGUUAUGAAAACGGCUGAACAAACGCCCCUUUCAGGACUAUAUGUGGCUAAGCUUAUCAAAGAAGCGGGAUUCCCCCUGGAGUGGUAA